GGGGGGGCGCUCUAGCCGGCGCCGCUCGACUGCUCCCCGGCGGCGGAGGGCGACAGUAGCGGAGGGGGAGAGCGGCGGGAGGUACUACCCAGCAUGGCAGUCGAAGGCCUGGAUGUGGGGAAAGACCCAAAUAGCCCAACCCAUUCCAGGACCCUGUUCCUCCAAGAAGAUGGCACCUCCAUCUCCUUCUACGUGCGCCCCGGGCCCACGAAGCGCCGACUUUCCACCCUCAUCCUUCACGGAGGGGGGACUCUGUGCCGCGUGCAAGAACCCGGGGCGGUAGCCCUGGCCCAACCAGGGGAACCGAUGGCGGAAGCCUCCGGGGAGUUCAUCUCCACCCAGUAUAUCACCGACUGCGUGGAGAAGAACGAGAGGCUGGACUUGGAGAAGUACAGGUUGGGUAAGGCGGCCGCUGGCAAAGUUGCCAAAGUGCCAGAAAACCCCAAAGCUGGGCAGAGCAGCCAGGCCAGCGGUUCCCCAGAGCCAGGAUCCACUCGUUCGGUUCCCCUCAGCGGGCGCAUCCCCUUCACCGACGCCGAGGACACGGCCAUCUUGACCUACGUGAAGGAGAACGCCAAAUCUCCGAGUUCGAUCACCGGCACCACCAUCUGGAAAGCGAUGGAGAAGAUCGCCUUGACCCAGCAUUCGUGGCAAUCCAUGAAGGACCGAUACGUGAAGCAUCUGAAAGGCCAAGAGCACAAGUACCUCCUAGGGGACAGCUCUGUCGUCCCCGCGAACGAGAAGCUCAAGAGGAAAGCCGAGGAGACGGUGGCUGCAGACGGUGAGCCGCUGAAGAAGAAGGCUUCUGCCCCCGCGGGCCCCCCGCAGAAGGAGGUUCCAGAGCCACCGGCGCAGGGCAAUGGCCCAACGGAAGGCAGCAUUUUCCAAGAGGCCAACCGGGAAUUUGAGGAAACCGAGGUUGAUGAUUCCACCCCCGACCUUGAUGAAAGCCUGAUAAAGGGGGGCCCCGAUGCCAACGCCAGCUCUGAAAACCCGGGCCCGGGGCAGAAGGAGGUCCCGGAGAAGGCCGGGGCCCCGGAGGAGGAGGAGGAGGCCACCAGCACCGCCACGGCGGUGGUGGAGGAGAGCCUGCUUCAAGCCGAAGAGGGGCCUUCAAGCCCUGCCCUGAGUCCCCCCGAGGUGGGAGCUGCCAUCCGAGCCAUCCAGCAUCUCAUGGAGGAAUUCAACUUGGACCUGUCGACGGUCACGCAGGCCUUCCUGAAGAACAGCGGAGAACUGGCCUCCACCUGCGCCUUCCUGCGGACCGGGCGGCGGGCCGACGGCUACCCUAUCUGGAGCCGGCAGGAUGACGUGGAUUUACAGGGCCACGACGAGAAUGACCGGAACAAGCUGAUCCAAAAAUUCGGGGCUCAGAACGUAGCCAGGAGGAUUGAGUUCCGAAAUAGCUGAGAGCAACAAGUUCCCUCAAACAAUCACGGGGAGUGAUGGGGAAAGAUCGGGGUGGGGGGGUGGCCCUCGAGGGGAGUACGAGACAGAUAUCACGGCCUGGCGGAAGGUGGCUAAAUGGGGCUUCGGGAAGCUACCGUAGAGCCACCUUCUGCGGGCCAGGCUUGGAUCCAACUGACUCCUGGGCCAGGCCUGGCUCCGGAUGACCAGCUUGGGUCCCCUCCUGGGCCUCCCACCCCCCUCAGUAUCCCGUGCCCUACUCCCCUCUAUCCCAUUUCCACGUAGGACUAGGUCGAAGCGGGGCACGGCAGCCGUGCGAUGCUUUCAGGCCGAAGCGGCCGCCCCCGCUGGCUGUAGAGGCUACAGAUCCCGGCACUCCCCCUCCCCGCCCCGAGAGAACAGAACCCCGCGUGUGUUAGAACCGUGCGUGCGUCACUGCUCCGCAGAGGAGGAACCGGCACUGGAGGAGUGCGCCUCGGCCUCCGUCCCGGUCCCGGCUGAAUCCGGGCCUAACUUUGUUCCCCGGACCCGGCUUGGACUUUCGGGCGGGGAGGGGGGUGGCUGGGGAGGUGGGAUCCGGACCCGGGCUCAACGUGGGCUGUACCGUGAAAACGUAGCCGGCGUCGGACCGGCUGCAGGUCACAUAACGGGACGUUGGCUGGAGAAGUUUCCAGAUUGGCUGCCAGCUGCCCAUUUCAAGGGUGUGAACCUCUCCCCUUUCCUCUCUCCCCCUGGGAAACUCCCUUUACCAACAGAGCGUUAGGGACUCAGAAGGGCCCCAGGAACACGUAGGCGGGUGGGCCUGCACCCAACAGAUCUUGACCGUGGCCAUCUCUCGCCGUCACUGCUGAGUUACCUGCAGUUCAUCCCCGUCAAGCAGGUUGGGGUGAACCGAAGAAGACUGCCAUAAAACUAGGUGGAGAGGACCCCCCACCCGCUGAGCAAUUUACGGCAACUUCACCCUAUUAAUGAGAGCAAAGGCCGACAAAGAGGAAGGCAGUGCUGUUUAAAUGGUUCCUUCUGCUGCUCUGGGAAGGUAGGGGUAGGCCAGUUGUCCCUUAGGACUGCUAAAAACUUCCUUUUGGAAAACUGGGGAAGAGCCAGGAGAUGCACCCCCCUCCCUCCCCAACAAUGAGGGCGGAACGGACAGGAAUAGAGACUCUCCUCAUCCCCCAGUAGCGACGGCCAGGGCCGGGAAACCAGGGGAAGGGAGCGCUGCGACGAACCUGUUGGAGAGGCGGGUCCUGUGGAAGCCGACGUCAGAUCCAUCCGCCCGCCAAGAACGCGUCUUGUCAAUUCACCGGGUGUCGAGCCACGCUCAAUCCCAGACUCGUAAAUGCUCGGUAACACCGUCUCCCUGCCCGUCUUGGCCUGGGACAGGCGGGAGGAGGGAGGUGUAGAUGCCUGAGCCCCGCAGACCUGCCGCUUUUCUUCCUAAGAACCCCAAACCCCUCAUCUCUGUAACGGACGCUUAGUACUAAAUGUUAUCUUAUAGAUCUGAUGAUUGGGCAAAGUCUCUUGGUUUAUGUGCCAUCUGUUAUUGAUCGGUCAGUUGGUGUUUGAGUGCUGACUCCGGGGAGAGCACUUCCUGUAAUAAUCCCGAGGGAGUGUGCGGUAGUAGACACGAUCCCUGCUUUCAAGAAGCUUCUGCUGCUUCCCUCUGCCGGGGAUUAUUCCUAUUAAUUAUUGGUUUAUGCUG